CCAUGUCUGUCUGUCUUGUUUGCCCUGCACUGGAUGCAGUGCUGGCACAGAGUAGGUGCUCAACCAGUGCUGUCUGGCUAGGUCACCUGCCUCUGCUAGACAGGAAGCACGUUGACAGUGCUGUUCUGCCCAGUUCCUGUUCUCCAGAGUUGCUGGCAAGUUCCGUGGUGUGAACACGUGCCAACCAGCUGAUGGUGUUUCCCCUCCUCCCCCCAUGCAGGCCCUGUGCCAUCUCCAAAGCACCAUGAAUGCCAUCGUCGCUCUCUGUCACUUCUGCGAGCUCCACGGCCCCCGCACUCUCUUUUGCACAGAGGUUCUGCACGCCCCACUUCCACAGGGCGCGGGGAAUGGGGACAGCCCUGGCCAAGGCGAACAGGCCGAGGAGGAGGAAGGCGGCAUUCAGAUGAGCAGUCGGAUCCGUGCUCACAGCCCAGCAGAAGGGACCAGCGCAGAGUCCAGCAGCCCAGGACCCAAAAAGUCAGACAUGUGUGAGGGCUGCCGGUCCCUUGCUGCAGGGCAUCCUGGGUAUAUCAGCCAUGAUAAAGAGACCUCCAUUAAGUAUGUCAGUCACCAGCACCCCAACCACCCCCAGCUCUUCAGCAUUGUCCGCCAGGCCUGUGUGCGGAGCCUGAGCUGUGAGGUCUGCCCUGGCCGCGAAGGCCCCAUCUUCUUUGGGGAUGAGCAGCACGGAUUUGUGUUCAGCCACACCUUCUUCAUCAAAGACAGCUUGGCCAGGGGCUUCCAGCGCUGGUACAGCAUCAUCGCCAUCAUGAUGGACCGCAUUUACCUUAUCAACUCCUGGCCCUUCCUGCUUGGGAAGAUCCGAGGAAUCAUCGAUGAACUCCAGGGCAAGGCACUCAAGGUAUUUGAAGCGGAACAGUUUGGAUGCCCACAGCGUGCCCAGAGGAUGAACACAGCUUUUACACCAUUCCUGCACCAAAGGAAUGGCAACGCUGCCCGUUCCCUGACAUCCUUGACGAGCGACGACAACCUGUGGGCGUGCCUGCACACCUCCUUUGCUUGGCUCCUGAAAGCAUGCGGCAGCCGGCUGACUGAGAAGCUCCUGGAAGGCGCACCCACCGAGGACACCUUGGUCCAGAUGGAAAAGCUUGCGGACUUAGAAGAGGAAUCAGAAAGUUGGGACAACUCUGAGGCUGAAGAAGAAAAAGCCCCUGCCUUGCCAGAGGGUGCAGAAGGGCGGGAGCUGACCAAAUGCCCAACAGAUUCUUCUUUGCUUUCAGACUGUGGAAACUGGCAGCCCCGAAAGCUGUCUGUCUUUAAGUCCCUGCGGCACAUGAGGCAGGUGCUGGGUGCCCCGUCUUUUCGCAUGUUGGCCUGGCAUGUGCUCAUGGGGAACCAGGUGAUCUGGAAAAGUAGGGAUGCAGCCCUGGUCCAGUCAGCCUUUGAAGUUCUUCGGACUAUGCUGCCCGUGGGCUGUGUCCGCAUCAUCCCUUACAGUAGCCAGUAUGAGGAGGCCUACCGGUGCAACUUCCUGGGGCUCAGCCCACACGUGCAGAUCCCUUCCCACGUGCUGUCUUCAGAAUUUGCUGUCGUAGUGGAGGUCCAUACAGCCACUCGCUCCGCCCUCCACCCAGUCGGCUGUGAGGAUGACCAGUCUCUCAGCAAGUAUGAGUUUGUGGUGACCAGUGGAAGUCCUGUAGCCGCAGACCGAGUUGGCCCCACUAUCCUGAAUAAGGUGGAAGCUGCUUUGACCAACCAGAACCUCUCUGUGGAUGUGGUCGACCAGUGCCUCGUCUGCCUCAAGGAGGAGUGGAUGAACAAAGUGAAGGUCCUUUUUAAAUUCACCAAGGUGGACAGUCGACCCAAAGAGGACACCCAGAAGCUCUUGAGUAUCCUCGGAGCAUCAGAGGAGGACAAUGUCAAGCUGCUCAAGUUCUGGAUGACGGGCCUGAGCAAGACCUACAAGUCACACCUCAUGUCCACAGUUCGCAGCCCCACAGCCUCAGAGCCUCGUAAUUGACCCCACCGUGGGAGUCCGGGUCUGUGUGCACCUUCCGGGAAGUGGUGACAGCUGUCUUCGCCACUGAGCUCAGAGACAGGUCUCUGCUGGGAGUCACAGGCAGUCCUCCCGUUUCUGAAGUGCUGGUGUGCAGCUGGUUCCUAGGAAGAAAUGGAAACUCUCGGGGCUAAACUUGACCCUCUGUGUGGGAUUUGGGCCUGGUGUUCUUGGCACCAUCCCACAAGCUGUUUGAAUUGUUGCAGCCCUGAAGAAGGCACUGGGAGACUUGUGGCAGUGGGUCCCUGGCAUUUGUGCACCCCUACAAGAGAAGACUAAGGAAAGUUGCAUCUCAUGUCUCUCAUGGACUUAGAUCUCAAAAUUUAUAGGGAAAACAUGUCAGACCAGUCCCAACUUGGGUACUUUAGCCACAAUAUCAUAUCCUCUCUCAAGGUUAAUGUUCAAACUUUCUAUUCUAAAAUUAAGCAAGUUUUCUGGGUUUUGUAUGUGUGCGUGUAUAUUUUGCUACAGUUGUGAAUUUUCAGGACUUGUGGUGAUCUUUAGUCAUUUUUAGUAAUCUGGUUUUGAGUUAGGGCUCUGGGAAAGGCUUUUGGGGGUGGAGUGGAUGUUUUCCUCCUCUGGAUUUUCUGGCAUUCGUGUUGUAACGUUAUGUGACUGCUGAAUCUUCCGGCCACACUCUCCUGCAGCUGCUUUGGAAUUACCCUGUAGCGUGAGGACAAGCACCUGAGCUGCUUACACGAGGAGGGUGCUUUGCUGGAGUGUCAGAUGGAGCUGUCUCACUUGCCUGACUUGCUGUCUGUGGAGCUGAGUUUAUUCCCUAUCACUCUGUCCUUUAUUGCUUCUGUAAACAUUUAUGUUCAGCUACAGUUAAUCUUCAGAAUGUGCAGAUAUAAGACAGUUUCAUCAUCCCAGUGUACAUUUUUAAUAAGGGUUCAUGGUUUGGAUGGAUUUUUCCAGCAGUUUUGCUUAUUUGUGUAGUUUCCUAUGUUUGUUUAAUUUAUAUUUAUCCUAAAGACUAAGUUUAUAUGACUAGGUAUCUGUAUCAUGCAAGAACAUUGAAACACAAUAAAGAUGUAUUUUU